CUCGCUUCAAUCAGCGACCUCCAUAGGGUCAUAAGCUGCGCCCAUGGAAAACAAAUGGACUACCAUCUCCAAUUGCACAAAAAAUAUGGAAAGUUAGUGCGAAUCGGUCCCAAUCAUGUCAUGUUCAGCGAUGCUGCACUCAUACCGCAGGUCUAUGGUAUUGGCAGUAAAUUCAUGAAAUCCAACUUUUACCUGCCGUUCGAUAUCAAAACCCCGACUGGGAUGAUGAGCACGGUAUUCUCGGAACGAGAGGCACGGCGCACAGAGGUAUCCGACGACCUAUCGCGAACGCUUAUGCUUUGAAUACGUUGAAGGAGUUGGAGCCGAUGAACGACGCUUGUUCGGCAAUGGUUGUGCAGAAGUUCAAUAGACUGGUUGGGCAGGAUAUUGAUCUUGGGACUUGGUUGCACUGGUAUGCCUUCGAUACGAUAACGUCCAUCACGUUUUCGAACACUCUUGGAUUCAUGGAGCAAGAACGUGAUAUUGAUCGGAUUCUCGAAUCGGUUGAAGGUCGGCUCAUGUUUAACAGCGUGAUAGGCCAAGCAUCAUACCUUCACAAAUACCUCUUCGGCAGCACCCUCGUCUCAAAACUCGCCAACCUAACCCCCUCCCUCCGAAUCAUGAACACAAGCAAAUACAUCGUCGCCUUCGCCGCCAAACAACUCCAACGCUACGAGGCCUAAGACUUCAACACCGUCCCCCUCAAAGAAAUGCUCGACCGCUUCAAACUUACCAAAGAAGGCUCCGGCGAAACAAAUCAUCUCCUCCUCCCGAAUGCUUAGCCACGCCACAAGCAACAUCUUCGCAGGCAGCGACACAACCGCCGCAUCCCUCCGUUCAAUCUUCUACAAUCUCUGUCGUAACCCCCGCGCUCACGAUACCCUCCUCACUCCGCAGAACGAAAUGGAAAACUCUCCGAUCCAGCUACAUUCUCCGAAGCGCAAAAUCUUCCAUACCUUCAAGCCGUUAUUCGCGAAGCGUUGCGAAUGCAUCCCGCUGUAGGGUUAUUACUCGAACGUGUUGUUCCUUCCGGAGGUUUCGAAAUCGAAAAUACUAGGAUUUCCCUCCCAGAAGGUACAAUCAUCGGCGCAAACCCCUGGAUCAUGGCACGCGAUGAGAAAGUUUAUGGACCUGAUGUUUAUGAAUUUCGACUGGAGAGGUGGUUGGAAGCUCCUCCUGAGGAAUUGAAAUUAAUGGACCGGAAUGAUUUUUCGUUUGGGGCUGGGGCGAGGACGUGUUUGGGGAAGAAUAUCAGUUUGCUGGAGAUGAGUAAAUUGGUUCCUCAAUUCUAUUGACAAUUUGAUUUUGGACUUACGGAUCCGGAGAAGGAGUGAGAGUUGCAUAAUUUUUGGUUUGUGGGCCAGACGGGCUUGAUUUGUAAAGUGAAGCGCAGAAACAAGAAGUUGAGC